AUGCUUGGGUCUGUACUCUGGGCAUGGUCUGGCUUUACUGUUCAAUCUUCUCUAGCGGCUCAAUCUUCCUGGGAAACGGAUCUUAGCAAUGGGUUCACGCUCACAGUUAAUUCCGAAACCAACCACCUUCUGGUCGCUCAUGAAGAAAAUACGAUCUGGGAAACUGUAUCUGGCCAGCCUUUCCUGAGCGCGAGUUCAGGAGUCGACGAGAUCGUGGACUCAAGUGGAAAUUUCGAGAUCACAGACAUCGACACAAACAAAUGCACGUCGCAAAAAAUUAGCAGCGUCAGCAAAGAAUCCUGGCCAAGAAGUGUCAAUGAACAAGCUGCAGUCAUUCAGGGAUCACUCUCAGGUUGUGGGAAUUCAACAGCUGAAAUUGACUUCGUGAUCAAUUUCUACGUUCCUGUUGAGUUCACUGAUCGUGUGGCUUUUCACAUCGAUCUCAAUCCCCAGUCUUCAUUAGAUGCAAGCAAGCUGUUCUUGACUUAUCGUUCCUCUGCGUCGGAAGACUUUUAUGGACUUGGUGGGCAGGCGUCCUUUGCCUCGUUGAAAAAUCAGUCUGUGCCCAUCUUUACUCGAGAAGGGGGUGUGGGUCGUGGAGACCAGCCUGUCACCUAUCUGGAAAAUGAAGAUGGUGGUUUCGCUGGUGGUGAUAAGUUCACCACUUAUUCUGCUAUCCCUCAAUACAUCUCAUCCUUUUCUCGUGUCUUCUAUCUGUCAGAAGAAAGGACGGCAUAUGCUACCUUUGAUUUCACCGACCUUGAGAUUGUGACUGUGCGGUAUACUGAACUUGCUGUUGAUGGUUACUUCCUGCAGGCCAGCGAUAUACUGGAUGGUAUCACCAAGCUUACCGACUAUACUGGGAGGAUGUCAGAGCUUCCUGAGUGGGUUGAUACGGGUGCCAUACUUGGUAUCCAAGGCGGACAGACCAAGGUUAAUAAGAUCGUCGACCAGGGCCUCAAUUUGUCUUGCCCUGUUGCAGGUGUUUGGCUUCAAGACUGGUCAGGAACUCAUCUGCAAAGUGUUGCCGCCUUCGAUGUCAAUAUUUCGCGCUUGUGGUGGAACUGGGAAUCGGAUUCAACUCUCUAUCCCACAUGGGCCGAGUUCGUUCAAUCCUUGAGGGAUGAUCACAACGUUAGAACCUUGGCUUACAUCAACCCAUUUCUGGCAAAUGUUUCCACCAAGCCCGAUGGAUAUCGCCGAAAUCUGUUCUUGGAGGCAGAUGAGGCUAAGUACACGAUUCAAAACAGCACUAUCAACAGCACAGCUAUUAUCUCCAGUGGACCCGGAAUCACUGCCGGAAUCUUAGAUCUGACAAACCCGGCCACGAUUUCUUGGUUCAAAGAUGUCCUUAUUGAACAAGUUUGGAGUGCCAAUAUCUCCGGAUACAUGGGAGAUUUCGGUGAAUAUACACCUGUCCUAUCAGACACGAGCUUUUCGAACAAGAGCGUGGAUGCCCGCCUUUACCAUAACGAGUAUCCUCGUGACUGGGCCAAACUACACCAUUCUCUUGCUAGCAAUGUCUCCAACUUCUCAGAAGCGAUCAUCUGGCACAGAUCUUCAUCCUUGGCUGCAAACCGGUACAUGAACCUGUACUGGGUGGGAGACCAAAAUGUUGAUUGGGGCGUCAACGAUGGAAUCAAGUCUGCCGUCACACUUGCAGGCCACAUGGGUCUGUCUGGCUAUGCUCAUGGACAUGUCGAGAUUGGUGGAUACACAACCAUUGUUUCGGAGGAGGACAGCUCCCUCGUUAUCGUCAAUCGGACGGCAGAGCUGCUAGGACGCUGGGGUGAACUCGCUGCCGUUUCCAGUGCAGUAUUCCGGUCGCACGAGGGCAACAUUCCGAGUUUCAACACGCAGUUCUACACCAAUACGUCCACAUACUCAUACUUUGCCUACAAUGCUCGUUUGUUCCGAAGCUUGGCACCAUACCGUCGCAACAUCCUUGAUACUGAGAGUAAGACUCGUGGGUGGCCUUUGCUGAGAAUGCCUGUCAUCUACCAUCCCACCGACGUUCGAGCAAAGAACAUCAGCUACGAAAGCUUCUUCCUCGGCGCUGACUUGUACGUCGCUCCUGUCUUGGAUGAGGGUCGCCAGUACGUGGAAGUUUAUUUCCCGGGCCAAGAGACUUAUACUCAUGUUUGGUCGGGCGUUGAAUAUCACGGUGGUAGCGUGGCUAAUGUUUCAGCACCGUAUGGAAAGCCCGCCGUAUUUGUUGUUGGCCAUCCAGAGCAUGACCUUCUGAAAGAUUUCCUUGCUUUUGUUAGCAAGGAGAAUGGGACUGUAAUCAAUGUCUAG